AUGUCGAUGGCAAAUAAAGAAGCAAGAAAGCGGGCCAAAAACUAUAGUGAUGAAGAAGAACUUGUAGAACUAGUGGAAGCUUACAAGCACCUAAUCGAAAAUAAAAAAUCGGACGCCGUAGUUUGGAAGCAGAAGGAAGAGGCAUGGGCUAAAAUAGAAGAGAAGUUUUCAGCAGCAACUGGCUCGAACAGACCUUGGAAGUCACUCCGUGACAAGUAUGAAUUUAUAAAACGAAAGUCCAAGACGAAGUUAUCUAACCAGACUGUGUCCUCGAAAAUAGCUGCCAUGCUGGGAGAUUCGGCCACUGGAUUAGAAAACAAUUACGAUAGUGACUUUAGUAAGUAUAUAUCGCUCAUUUGCUGCAACAACGUAUUUAUUAAAGAAAUUGUUUGCGUAGAUGAAAAUACUGACUGGUCAAACUGGACGCCAACAAGCUUAAAGCAAGCAAAAUCUAAAGAGCUAGUAGUAGGCGGUAAGAGUAAAAUAAAUUUAGAAGUUAACGAGAAGUCUAUGAGCACUGAAGAUUUUGGUAAAGAGAUUGUUUGCAGAGAGGAAAAGACAGACUGGUCAAACUGGACGCCAACAAGAUUAAAGCAAGCAAAAUCAAAAGAGCUAGUAGUAGGCGGUAAGAGGAAGAGAAAUCUAGAAGACGAAAGGAUUCAGUUGACAAUACUCCAACAACAAUUUUAUAGAGACGAAAAUACUCGUGCCCAGGAGAAGCAUGAACAGGAGGUCUUGUCGCUAAAAUUAAAAAAUGAAAUGCUGCAGCUGGAACUAGCUGAAAAAAAAAACAAAACCUUGCGAACAUAUACUUUUAUAUUAUUUUUUAACUAA